GCUGAGCUUCUGGUGUGCAGGGCAAUGCCAGUUCUGCCCAGCCGGCUGGCUCUGGGAUGCAGGGCAGUGCUACUACUUCUCCUCUGCCAAAACGAGCUGGGAGCAGAGCAGAGAGGACUGCUACUUCAGAGGGGCACAGCUGGUCACCAUCCGAGCCAAUGCCACCCUGGCUUUCCUGAAGCGCAUGGCUGCCACGGAGGUCUUCCACAUUGGGCUGAAGCGGGAUGGCUCCAGGUCUGACUGGAAGUGGCUGGAUGGCACUGCACUGAAGGGGCUCUUCCCAAUCCAGCGCCUCAUCAUCUCCUUCCUGGCCUGCGGCAGGGUGUCAGGCUCAGGGCUGUCAGGUGGUCCAUGCAGGGAAGCCCUCAGAUGGGUCUGUGAGCAGAGUGCAGCCACGCUGCGGUACUUCGGUUCCUUGCCUCCCACCUUCCUCUGGGGAAACACCACCUACAUCUGCAUGGGGCCCUGA